GCAGAAAUGAGCCCCUGGUUUGUGAUCUUCUCUCUGGGAUCCAUUGCUUCGCCCUGAAUGCUGGAUCAGUUUCUGCUCUUGAUUUCGCUCCCUGUCGCCUCUGUUUGGAGAGGAACGUGAACGACGCCUCCUGUCAUGUAAUUAUUUUGUAGGUCUGCAUUUCUGUCACCAAAAACAAUGGCAGAUAAACUGAGGGAGCAGAGAGCAGCGAAGAAGAAGCAGGAGGCAGAGCUCGGGGGUCCUGCAAAUAAUCAGCAAGAUGAGGAACCCAAGCAAAGAAUAGGCAAGACCAAGGAGCUGGCAUGUGACGUCAGGGACCAGAUAGUGGAUCUGCACAAAGCUGGAAUGGGUUACAGGACCAUCAGCAAAAAACUUGGUGUGAAGGUGCCAACUGUUGGUGCAAUUAUUAGAAAAUGGAAGAAGUAUAAAAUGACCAUCAAUCGUCCUCGAUCUGGAGCUCCAUGCAAGAUCUUGCCUGAAGGGAUGAGGAUGAUCAUAAGGAAAGUGGUGGAUCAGCCCACAACAACCCGGGAGGAGCUUGUUCAUGACCUGAUGGCAGUUGGGACCACGGUCACCAAGCACACUGUUGGUAACACACUACGCCGUCUUGGCUAUCAGUUUAGGAAAGCAGACUCCCCCACCAGAGCGGACAGUCCGCUCAGCUCAACUUUCAGCGUGUUCGCCGGCAGUCCGGAGAAUUCCCUCUCCUCCUUCUUCCCACCCAGUUCCCGCCACUGGAUCAACGAAGAGAGCCCUGACAGGAAGGAGCUUGAUGAUGAAGAUGGUGGCCACAUAAUGAGCAGUGACAUUUCUGACCCUGAGGAAGAAAGCGAGGAAAAUAUGAGAGAUGUGGAUCAAAUACCGAACAUGGAGGAACAGAAACAUUCACCUUCAAGGAAAGCCCACAGCAGAAGCAUCACACAAGCUCGUGGUCAAUGAAGAUUAUACCUUGGUUUGGUGUUUUACACGCAUCAGGACGUAAAAGAAAAAUGAUCUGAUCUUCAAGCAGGUUCUGAAAUGAUCUAACCUGACCUGCACAAAAACAGAUUCUGCAAGGUUUUAUCAAUUACACAAAGAUAAAGAAAAAUCAAAAGUGUGUGAAAGCAUCCCAUGAUUUACUAUAACCUAUGUUAGCAGUUCCAUUCUUGUAGUUAUUUGUUCUGUAGGACUUUAUUAGUCUCUCACAUUUUGUGGAGGAAUGUCGGUUGACUUUACAAUCUUGCUUCACUUCAUUAUUGAUAUUUAUUCAAGGUUCCACUACAGUAUUUCAAUCAGAUUUUGAGCCACUGCAAUGGUUUGAUUUUUCUCUGUUUCAGUAAUUCUGUUGUUGAUCCAAUAUUGUGUUAGGAAUGUUUUGUUUCAAGGCCCACUUUGGCCACCUUCUUGGCAAUCCAUAGUUGUUGAACUUUUUUUAAAAUUGCACUGUAAUGCACUUUAACAAUUAAUAAGCUUACUGAGGUCUGCAGAGUCUAAAAUGAAGGUUUUAUAUUUAUUUUGUUUCCUUUUUUUGAAAUUUCUGUCUUAAAUUUUUUCCACUGAGAAAUCUUUUGUACAAUAUGUGACUUUAGAUGGUAUGGAAAUUGUCUUAAUUUGAGAAAUAGGCAAAAAAAUAUAUAUCUGUAUAUAUUGAUAUAUUCAUGAUGUUUGAAUCAUACCCACCUGCUGGAUCUGAUUUCCUCUGAAAUCCUAUGGCUUCCAUUGGAAUGAUUUACUUGCUUUUUUGAUGAAAAGUAGUGAAGCUAGUUUUAAAUUAUUUUAGAAUCCAAAACCACCAAUUAUUUUAUGAUGCCCUGAUGCAUAAAACCCUAACAUGAAUGAGAAAGAAGGAGUGCCAGUUGAUUCUUUGUGAACAACCAGCUGUUACCGUUCCAUCUUUUUCAGAUAUCCUAAUAAAAUCUCACCUCAAGACUCCUCCACAUAUUUGACACUUGAAAUGUCUAAAGGCCCAAAUCAACAUGUAACAUUUUGUAUUACUGUCUACUAAAUGUAAGCAUUUAGCUCUCUGAAUCAUAUCUUAGUUUAUCUUAAUUGUGGUACCUUUUAAAGUGAAAAAUAUGUAAAUAUCUGUCUCUUCAUGUGUUAUAUGUUCCUAUUUGCACUUUUAAGAUAAAAAAUGCAAACACUAAUUGUCCCUGUAGUAAAUGUGUUAUUAUAUAAAGUAUAAAUGUGUACGUCACAUUGUUUGGUGAUGUUAUUUUGAUAGACAAAGACACAAAAGAGGAGAGGAGUCAAGAAGUUUUUCAUUUUAAAGGUAAAGAGGCUUUACUCAGUAGCAUUCACUUUUGUGGAUGUGGGAAAUCUGAUACAUCUAUGUUCAUA